AUGGCCGCCACCGCUCCCAUCCGCCUGCUCUCCCCCUCCCGCUCGCCAUGGCCGCCACAAGAUCCGAGCCCCAGACCCGUACCGCCCCUCCACGCUUCGCCGGCGCGCUACCGCCAUCUCCGCUCCGUCCGCUGCGCGUUGUCCCCGCCGCCGCCGUCGCUCGACCUCCCUCUCCUCCCGUUCCAGCCCGCGGAGGUGCUGAUACCAUCUGAAUCCAAGACUCUACACUUGUAUGAAGCAAGAUAUAUAGCAUUGCUAGAGGAGGCCUUGUACAAGAGGAAAAAUUCUUUUGUUCACUUUGUGCUUGAUCCAGUUGUAGACAGCACUACUAAAGCUUCAUUUGCUGUAAGAUAUGGUUGCUUGGUCCACAUAGAAAGUGUUCAAAAGCUGGAGAUUGGAGCACUAAUAUCAAUUAGAGGAGUGUGCCGUGUAAACAUUUCAAAUCUUUUGGAUAUGGAGCCCUAUUUCCGUGGUACAGUUUCUCCAAUGAUGGAUGAGCCUUAUGAAGCUAUUGAAUUAGGGACAAGAAUUUCCAAGCUAAAAGAAUCCAUGUGUAAUUUACACAACCUACAAAUGAAGUUGAAGGUACCUGAGGAUGAACCACUGCAAACUAACAUCAGGGCAUCUCUGUUGUGGUCUGAAAAAGAAAAUUUUGAAGAGUAUAAUGAAUCUUUUAUCCCUGGACACCUAGAACGUCUCUCAUUUGCUGCGUACCAAACAGUUUCAGGCAUGUCAGAUGAAGAACUUCUCACCCUGCAAAACUAUAAGAUACAAGCAAUGGAUUCGAUAGACACCCUUGAAAGGCUAAACAAUGGUAUCAAGUGUGUAGAACAUAAUAUUGGAAUGAUAGCUGCAAGGCUCGCCAUUCAAAAUAUAUGA